UGACGUCAUAACCGUGCGCCGCAGUGACGACUGCAUCCUAGAGAAUCCUCGUGUUGUCUCAUUUUCUCAGUAUAAACAUACACAAAUCAGUCAUGAGCGCUCAAAUAACGUGUGUCGGAUGGGUGAAGCGGGGAGUCGCCAAAGGAACACCGGAUAAAGUGGAGCUGAGCAAAGAAGAGCUGCAGCGCAUCAUUUCAGAGGCCAAAGAGGAGUUAAGAGAUCGCGAUGAAGAGGAGGAGGAAGAAGAGGCUGAUGAAGGUGUGGUCAGUGGUCUGGAGAGUAAAGAAGAGGCUUCAGCUCCUGCGACUGUUGAAGAAGGAAUAAAAAAGAAAGAGGAUGGAAAUGAGGAAGAUGAUGAGCUUGCAGAGUAUGACCUAGACAAGUAUGAUGAAGAGGACAUCGCUACAUCAAAUCUUGGAGACAGUUUAGCAGGAUUGACUGUCUUUGGCACCAAUGAAGAGGAUCCCUACGUCACCAUCAAAGACACUGAUCAGUACGAGCGUGAGGAUUUUCAGAUUAAACCCACUGAUAACCUGAUUUUAGCUGGACGAGCUGAGAAAGAAUGCUGCAAUCUGGAGAUUCAUGUGUAUAAUUCAGAAGAAGACUCUCUAUAUGUGCACCAUGACAUCCUGCUGCCCGCGUAUCCCCUGUGUGUGGAGUGGCUGAACUUCGACCCAAACCCAGAAGAACAACAAGGGAAUUACGCAGCCGUGGGAAACAUGACGCCUGUGAUUGACGUUUGGGAUCUAGAUGUUGUUGACUGUCUAGAACCGGCUUUUUCACUCGGCAGCAAGAAAGAGAAGAAGAAGAAGAAGAAAACCAAGAAGGCUGCAGAGCCCAUUGAAGGCCACACAGAUGCUGUGCUGGACCUGUCCUGGAACAGACUGGUCAGGAAUGUUCUAGCGAGCGCGUCUGCCGAUGAGACGGUGAUACUGUGGGAUCUGGAGAAAGGCAAACCAGCAGCAACACUCGCCAAACACACCGAUAAGGUUCAGACGCUGAAGUUUCACCCGUUUGAGGCUCAAACUCUCAUCAGUGGAUCAUUUGACAAGUCUGUGAUCCUGUACGAUUGUCGCAGUCCAGAAGACAGCCACCGAAUCUGGCGCUUCAGCGGGCAGGUGGAGAGAGUCACCUGGGACCAUUUCUCUCCAUGUAACUUCCUGGCGAGUACAGAAGACGGCUUCAUUUAUUGUCUGGACGCUCGAUCUGAUAAGCCUGUGUUCACACUGAGAGCUCAUGAUGAAGAGGUGUCAGGAAUGGACCUGAGCAGUCAGAUUCGUGGCUGUCUGGUCACGUGUUCAGCUGACAAACAUGUGAAAAUCUGGGACAUUUUGGGAAACAAACCCAACCUGAUCCACUCCAGAGACAUGAAGAUGGGUGUGUUAUUCUGUGGGUCCUGCUGUCCGGAUCUGCCAUUCGUCUAUGCAUUUGGAGGACAAAGGGAAGGGCUGCGCGUCUGGGACAUCAGCGACGUGGCUGCCGUUGCGGAGGUUUUCGGCAGUCGGGAGCGAUUGGUGGCUAACACAGUGUCUGGAGCAUCCAGCAGUGACAUGGAUGUCUCUUAAUCAUCAAACAAACAACAAUACACUGAAAUACUGAAGACUGAGAGUCACAGGCCACUGCUUCAUAAUCAAUGACGUGAACGGCAGAAGUCCUUAUUUAUCAGAUGGAGUGUUACGGCAAGAUUCUCACUGUUUAUUUGAUAUAUGAAUAGUGUAUAUAUCAGAUGUCUGACAGCGAACACACAGUGCUUUCCUUAAAGAGGGGAUUUUUAUGUAUUUUCUAAGCUUACAGAUUGCGACUUGCUUUCCUUAUUUCCUCUUUUUAGGAAGCGUAUAAAGAAUUUUGAUUGAUUCUUAUGCUGAUUUCCCAUUUCUGGGAGUGUGAAAUUGCUGUUAUUUAAGCAAUGGCAGUAAAUAAAACUAUGGAUUCCAAA